AUGGGGAGUGAUGUUCGAGAGGAGGGGCGAGACCCCGCUGCGGAGAAUGCUUGGCCGUCCAAGCCUGGGAUCGUUGAACCGUCGGUGCUGAUUUGCCCGAUCACCCAAACCAUGUACCAGGAUCCAGUAUUCGUGCCGGAGAGUGGCAACACCUACGAGCGCCACGCGCUGGAGCAAUACUGGGAGUCCUGCAAACCUCCCCGUGACCCUUUGACCAACACUGCGCUACAGCAGCGGACUGUGUACACCAACUGGGGAAUCCGAAGGGAGGUGCAAGGCUUCCUCGAGCAGUUCCCGAGCUACGUGCCGCAGGGCUGGGACUCCCGAGCCCUCCCUAGGCUUGCUGAGAAGGUUCCUCACGUCGCCCGCCCGCGCGCGGGCAGGAUCAAGAGGACCCUUCUCUGCAUCCUGACUGUCGUGGGCUCCCUGGCAGUCGUGAUGCAGCACGUCUACGAGGAGUCCUUCUGGCCGCGCCUGUCGAUUGUGGAGGACCUGGAGAGCGACGGAUCGGUCGCCCUCAACGUUCCAAAGGGAUCCCGACUGGAAGCCCGAGAGCUGAAUGGCCGCCUCAUUGUCAAGAUACCAGCGCCCGGACUGCGGCUCGACGUGCUGGGGCAGGUAUUGUUCUCCAUUCUCUGGCUCUCCUUCGUCUGCUACUGGACGAUUGCAGCCGUCAGCAGCGGCGUGCCUUGGACCUUUAUCCCAUUUUCGCUGCCGUUCUGGGCGGUGGGCUUCAUGUUGCUGUUCAGCACCAUCUUGACCCCAAGUCUGUCCCAGACGCUGAUCGCCGGCUCCGCCGACUAUCAGGUGACCUCCCAGGUGUCGCGGCUGUCCCUGUCGCAGAUCACCGCCAAUGUGACCGACCUUCAGGCACCACCCAAACCGAGCCCUCAGCACUUUCAAGGUUGA